AUGCUCAAACCCCCAAUCAACAACUACUGCGUCUACUCCGACCCCGUAACCGUAAUGAUAGUCGGCGGACCCAACGAACGAACAGACUAUCACAUCAACGAAACGGCAGAAUGGUUCUAUCAACACAAAGGCGCUAUGCUCCUCAAAGUCGUCGAUACCUCAUUACCGCCGGGCCAGCAAUUCAAAGACAUACACAUUAAUGAAGGCGACAUGUUUUUAUUACCUCCCAAUACUCCGCAUAACCCUGUGCGCUUCAAGGAUACGGUGGGUGUGGUGCUGGAGCAGAAGAGACCAGAGGGUAGUUUGGAUAGAUUGAGGUGGUAUUGUCAGAACUGUGGGGAUAAAGUGUACGAAGCGGCGUUUCAUUGUACAGAUUUGGGCACACAGAUUAAGGAUGCAGUGAAUGCUUUCAAGGCAGAUACAGAGAAGAGAACAUGCAAGAACUGUGGGACGCUUUGUGACACUGCGCCCCAGCCAAAGUAG